UUUUACAAAAAAAAAUUAAUAAUAAUAAUCUGUGAUUCUGUGCCUUAAUGAUUAUGUUCAAUUGAAUUCAAUUUGUUUUUUUAAUUUUAUUAUUAUUUUUCUACAACAUUCAAACAGAAUUUUCAAACAAAAAUGUUAUUUUCGUGGCAAAUUUUCAUCACAUCAGCAUUCAUUGCUUCCGUUGGUUGUAUAAAACCGGAUAAAGAUGAAAUGAUUGCUGAAGAAAGUGAACGAUAUUAUUCUCCAUUGAGAUAUUCAUCACCGGCAGCACAACAAUCAUCAUCACAAUCAUCAUCGGGAUCAUCAUCAUCCUCAUCGUCGAAUUCUCGAAAUGGUGGAGAUAUUUAUAAAAAAUCUGCAUCUGAAUAUUGGCCACAAAUGACAGAUGACCAUUCAUCAAUGAUGCAAGAUCCUUAUUCUGAUAAUUCCCCAUUUUAUCCAAUGACUAAUUCAAUACAACAGGCAGAUUAUCUAAUGACCAGUGUCAAUCAAGCAUACCUGAAAGGCAAAGAUAUCAAUGUUAUGCCGGAUCAUAAACCAAUUACACUUCAUUAUCGGACACAUGCACAGCCGAUUGUCGUACAUCAGACACGACUUCCAGGACCAAAACCCGAGGUCAAACAUACAACAUCACAUGAAGAGCCGCAACGUGUCGUACAUGAAGUAAUACGGCCAAUCAUUCAAGAAGUUCAUGAAAUUAUUCAGCCAUAUAGACGUGUCGUUCAACAAGUACAACCUGUCAUUGAAGAAGUACGUACAAUUAUUGCAAAAGAUGCGGGAAAAUCAUCUAGUGGUAUGGGUGCUGCAAAUAUGGAUCGUGGUUCAUAUUCGUCAGCAUCAGCAUCAUUACCACAAUUAAUGUCUCAUAAACCAAAUCCACAUUAUCAACAUCAAAGUGUUUCCGGAUCAAAUGAAGUUUUUCGUCAUUUAAGUCCAAAAACAUUACAAUCAUAUCGAAAGGCAAUGUAUGAACAAAGUAAAUCGUCCGAAGAUGAUCACGUAUUACCAAUGGCAACUACAAAUAAUCAACAAAACAAUCGUUUUAUUCGAUCACGAGUAUAUCUAACACCAAAAGGCGAGCCAGUAUAUCAAUCCAAUUAUAGACCUCCAGUUUAUUUAAGCGCUUAAUAUUGAUGACCAUUAAUGAUUUUUUUCUAAACAAUAACUAAAAAACCUAAUCGAUUGAACAAUCAAUAGUUUUUAAUUAUUGCGUAAA